AUGCUGUUGCGAUCAAAAAAAAUUACUCAAACAUGCGAAACCACUACAAUAAAGCAAUCUGUUCAGAAACGACUAAUACGGAAACUAGUUACAAGAGGACAAUAUGAAUUUGAAAUUGAAGUUGAAGAAGAAAUACUGGUACAAGAGGAGGAACAAAUAGAUCAACUUCAGAAGGUAGAAGAAGACAGGGAGGAGGCAGAAGAAGUAAAGGAGGAAGAUGUAGAAGAAAAAAAAGAGGUCGAAGAAGAAGAAGAAGAAGAAGAGGCCGACGAAGAAGAAGAAGAAGAAGAAGAAAAGAUACAGAUCGAAGAAGAUAACGAGGAAGAAGAAAAGAAACAGGUCGAAGAAGAAAAAAAACAUUACAAUCUACGAAAAAAAAGAGAACCACAUGUUCAAGUUCAAGCUCCAGUACCAAAACCACGUUCAUGUCGAGCUAUCAAUAAAGCAACUGAAGCUGAUUCAAAUUCCUUGGUUAAAUACGAAACGGAGGAAAAUCAAGCGUCAUCAUCAACUCGAACACUUCGACCAAGAUUACAAUUAGCAGCGCCUGCUGUUAAACCAAGAAAAAUAUAUACCACAACAACGAGCACAGAGAUGUGCACCAUUCAAUAUACUAAACUAAAAGAGCAGAUUGAAGAACGUAUUAACACACAUAUUCAACGGGAGAAAGCUGCAGGCUAUUUGUACAAUUCGAAAAAACAACUUGACAUCAAUGAAUUAUUGACGUCAUUAGAUGAACUGAGUGCGCACCCAAAAUUAAAAAAUCUAUCAAAAACAUUCAUUGAACAUCAAUCAACACAACCACGAUUUUUAACUGACCUAGACUUUCAAGAUGGAACUCUUGAAUGCAAAGAGGUCAAUAAUAAACCAGCAGUUUAUGCAGUUACUAUAUGCGUACCUGAUUGGCUUUACGCUUCCAUGAAGUCAGAUCCAGAACUUCGCGAUUCAGAAGUUUUGGGAACUGCUUGGUUCGAUGGCAUGGGAUCAGUUCAUCUUCGUGGUAAAAUUGGUGAAGCCAAAAACUUUCAUCGUCGUGUUCGGACAUACAACAGUAAUGAUAAAACGAGUGGACUAGGGCCGUUAUUUGACCACUUAAGAAAAGAAGCAAAGGAAUCCAAGGCUGAAUUCACCGAUUGGGUGAAAGUACGGGCAAUUUUAUCUGGUGAACGUUUACGUGAUGAAGAAGAACGUAUUAAAAUGGAGACACGGUGCUCAUUUCUACUUGGAGAAGACGGCAAUAGUGGCUAUAAUUGCGUUGGUCAAUUCCACAAAUUUACUCAUGAGGAAACGGUUGCGCGUGGAAAAAUUUUACAGAAACGUUUGGAUAAAAUUGUUAAAGUUGAAAACGGAUUACAAAUCACGCUAAGGAUGCUCAACGCAGCGAAAGCCCAUGAGACAAGAUCGAAACCAAUUCCAGGUCCCAAUGGUACCAUAACAAACAGUUACAAACUUGCUGGUGCAAAAUAUAAGGCGACUAUGUCAGCAACGUUCAUAGAUCCUGUUCGUGGUGAAAUAUCAGGAUAUGAUAUUAUAAGAUCCAAAUGUCUUGAAGGCUCAAAAAAGGUGAAGCCACAGAAAGAUGGACGUCUUCGAAAUGGCUAUCAGCAAAAGGCUGCUACAAGGUACCAAAAUGACUCGGCUGAAGCAAUAAAGGAAAUCGACGAUUUCGUUGAAAGAAUGAAUUUGAAGAAAGAACCUGGUUACGUAAAACCGAAAACACGGGACACGACGCUUUCGAAAACAAGCCAGUAUGGAUGGCGAGCAAAAUGUCCAGAAUGUAAAGAAGUUUAUUGUGUUACAAAUAGACUUCGAUAUGAUACAUUCUAUUCAAAUGUAUACAAACGAAUUGCAGCACUUUCAUCAAUUGUUAAUCCAUCAGGUGCUUGUUCUGGUGUUUUAUCAAAUACUAAUUUAAUAUACAAUGAUAAAUCAUCAAUGAUAUUUUCUAAUGGGGCACAUGCUUUAUAA